AUGCGUUGGAACUUGAGUUUAACGUGCGCAGCUGCGCUAUUCGGUUUCGGCUUGUUUGCAGUGUCUGAAGCCAGCGCCGACGUAUUCCGUGACCCUGACACCGGAUUUUCAUUUUCUCAGAAGGACGUGGCGAUCACGACGAACAACGAGUUCAUCACGUUCCGCGUUGCUAUCCCGAGCCCCGCGCCCGCCGGCCAGCCUUACGAUGCCGUGAUUCAGGUCGUUGCCCCUGUUGCUGCUGGUUGGGUAGGCGUCGCCUGGGGCGGCUCCAUGACGAACAACCCCCUACUUAUCAGUUGGGCUAAUGGUGCGAGCGGCGUGGUAUCUAUUCGUCGAGCGACCGCCCAUACCGCUCCAGCAGUAUACACAGGCGCCUCAGCGCAAGUCCUCUCAAAGGGCACCAAGAGUAACGGCACGCAUUGGCAAGUAACAUCCAAAUGCACAGGAUGUACACAAUUCACCACUACAGGCACCACUACCAAGACCCUGAACCCGGCUGGUAGCAACCGCCUCGCCUUCGCGUACUCCAAGACUAAGCCCAGCCAGCCCGGGUCCAACAGCUCACCCAUCAACGUGCAUGAUCUGUUCAACUACUGGGAACACGACUUCGCGUCCGCCGGCAACCCCGAGUUCCAGGAUCUAGUCGAUAGGAACUUGUGA